CUAGAUCACAUAAACUAGCCAUUGUUUUGCUCUAUUUGAAAAAAUAUUCUCAAAAUUGUUGAAUACAUAAAUAAUAAUUAUUCAACAUUUUUUUAUAACAAUGUCAGACAAAUUAUCAACAAGUGACAUAAAAUAUAUUCCAGGUGAUUAUGUGUGGAUUAAAAACAUUACGAACAAACAAUUUGAUGUCCCUUAUGGAGGUAAAAUUAUUUCAAUUGACAAGAAGAAUGUUCAAGUUCAGACAGAUGAUGAAAAGGUUCAAACAAUCAGUCGUGAUUCUAUUCUUAAGUCCAUGCAUCCUACUUCUAUAAAUGGAGUAGAAGAUAUGAUAAAACUUGGAGAUUUACAGGAAUAUGCUAUUUUAAAAAAUCUUCAUAUUCGAUAUAAUAAAAAUUUAAUUUAUACGUAUACAGGAAAUAUGUUGGUAGCUAUUAAUCCUUACCAAAUAUUAAAUAUUUAUACACAAAAAGAAGUUACUACCUAUCGACAAAAAAAUAUAGGAGCGAAACCACCGCAUAUUUUUGCCAUUGGUGAUAACUGCUUUAUGGAAAUGAUACGAUCAGAAGCUAAUCAAUGCAUUGUUAUCAGCGGAGAAAGUGGUGCUGGAAAAACAGAAAGCACAAAAUUGAUUUUACAGUAUCUUGCUGCAAUCAGUGGCGAACAUUCGUGGAUAGAGCAACAAAUUCUUGAAGCUAAUCCAAUUUUAGAAGCAUUUGGUAACGCCAAAACAAUUAGGAAUGAUAAUUCAUCACGAUUUGGAAAGUAUGUUGAUGUAAAAUUUAAUAAAAAUGGUGUCAUUGAGGGUGCGAAAAUUGAGCAAUAUCUGUUGGAAAAGAGUCGUUUAGUUUAUCAAGCUGAAGGAGAACGAAAUUACCAUAUUUUUUAUUCUAUUCUUGUUGGAUUGUCAAAAGAAGAAAAGAACAAGUUGAAUUUAGAAUCAUCAGGAAACUAUAAAUAUUUAAAAAGUUCCACUGAAUGUAAAACUCGUAACGAUGCUAAAGAAUUUGCAGAUUGUCGAGCAGCUAUGAAAGUAUUGAACUUUAAUGACGAAGAAAGUUGGAAUAUUAUUAAACUCCUUGCAGCAAUUUUACAUAUUGGAAAUAUGAAUUACAAAUCUAUAACGAUAUCUAAUAUGGAUGCGACUGAAAUACUUGAGGAUUUGUCAAUGAAAUCAGCAACAGAAAUAUUAGGUGUUCAUAAUCGAGCUUUUAAAGAAGCUUUGACCAGAAAAACAAUAUUUGUACAAGGAGAACAAGUAAUUAGUAAUUUAUCUAAAGCUCAAGCAAUCGAUAUAAGAGACUCUUUUGUUAAAGCAGUUUAUAGCCGUCUAUUUAAUACGAUUGUUGAUAAAAUCAAUAAUACAAUAUUUAAACCAAAAACAAAUUCUAAAAAUUCUAUUGGAAUUCUUGAUAUUUUUGGAUUUGAAAAUUUUAUUCAUAACAACUUUGAACAACUAUGUAUCAACUAUACCAAUGAAAAUCUUCAACAAUUUUUUGUAAGACAUAUUUUUAAAAUGGAGCAGCAAUAUUAUACUGAAGAAGGAAUCUCUUGGAAACAUAUUGAAUUUAUUGAUAAUCAAAAUAUUCUUGAUAUGAUUGGAAUGAAAGCCACUAAUAUCAUGGCUCUAAUUGAUGAAGAAAGCAAAUUUCCCAAGGGAACUGACGUGACAUUAUUGGAUAAACUUCAUCAAGUCCAUUCCGGCAAUAAAAAUUACAUAAAACCCAAAUCUGAUUCUAUUAAAGCUUUUGGGAUAAAACAUUUUGCUGGAGAAGUUCAAUAUGAAGUUAAUGGAUUUUUAGAGAAGAAUCGAGAUACUUUUUCUGCAGAUUUAAAACAACUCAUUUCAAUAUCAUCAAAUGAAUUUUUAAAGAAUAUUUUUCAUCGGGAAUUCAUGUCCGACAGGUCAAAUGAAAAAAAGCGACCUCCAACCUUACUGAUAGAAUUCCGAAAUUCUUUAGAUGUAUUAAUGAAAACUUUGGAAAAUUGUAAUCCAUUUUUCAUUCGGUGUAUCAAACCAAAUGAAGAUCAAAAGCCAUCUCUUUUUGAUAGAUCUCUCUGCUGUCGUCAAUUGAGGUAUUCUGGAAUGAUGGAAACUGCAAAAAUUCGUCGUGCAGGAUAUCCAAUUCGUCAUGAUUAUGAAGAAUUCAUUAACCGAUUUCGUUGUUUAGCAAAAGGCGCUGAUUCAAAAGAAUACAGAACAUUAGCAGAAAAAAUUUGCGAAAAUGUUGUAGGAAAGGAUAAUGGUGAUUAUCAGCUUGGAAAGACUAAGAUAUUUCUUAAAGAAAACCAUGAUUUUAUUUUGGAGCAACAAAGGAAUCAAGUAUUAGCUAAUAGUAUUAUUAUCAUUCAAAAGAAUGUAAGAACAUGGAUAUGGAGAAAAAGAUAUCUAAAAAAGAAAUUAGCAGCUUUAAUGAUUCAACGAGUUUGGAGAGGAUAUGGACCAAGGAAAAAUUAUUUAAUAAUAAAAAAAGGAUAUCAACGACUACAAUCUUGUAUUCGAUCUCGUGCGCUUACCUAUCAAUUCCAGCAGAAAAGGAAGAUCAUUAUAAAGCUUCAGGCACUUAUACGUGGUUAUCUUGUCCGGAGUAUUUUUAAGAAAAAAUCUGAGUGGUAUCAGCAGAAACUAUUAGAAAUUAAAGAGCUUCAAAGUAAAGAUGAAAAAAAUAUGAAAACAACUGGUAAUAAAUUGUGGAAAGAAGAAGCUUUAAAAACAUUCAAACAAAGAAUGAAAGAGUUACGUGAAUCAUUAGUGAAGUUUGAUAAUCACAAUGUGAAUACUCCCGUUAAAGAUUCUGAAUGUAAUAUUGAUCCAUUCUUUGAAUUCUUGGAGACUGAGCCAAAAGUUCAACCAAUAAAAGACUUACCUUCUAAUAUCUAUGCGGAUUUACCUGCAACAAGUUCUGAAACUACUAGACGACGGAAAAGUGUUUUGCAAAUUCCUCAAGAAGAUCCUUCUAAGCUAGAAAUAUCCAGCUAUCAUUUUUUUAAAUUUGCAGCAACAUAUUUCAUAUCGAAUGCAACACCACAUUAUUCUCAGAGAGUUUUGAAACAACCAUUACUCGAUCUUUCUACUCCAGCAGAUCAAUUAGCAUCUCAAGCUUUAUGGAUAACAAUUUUAAGAUUUAUGGGAGAUCUUCCAGAACCGAGAAAUCCAGUAGAAGUCUCUCCAAAUAAAACAGUAAUGUCAACAAUUACUGAGACAUUAUCGAAAAGUUUUGCAAGAUCGAACGAUUUGGAAAAAUUAAUUAAUAAGGAUAAAAAUAAAAAACAUAUUGUUAGAAUGACGUUAAAAAGACAAAAUAAACUACAUGGUGAUAUUAAGAAAGGAAUUAUUGAAGAUGAAUAUGUCAAUGAAUCUUAUCAAAAUUGGAUACAAACUCGAAGUAGCAAUUUAGAAAAAUUACAUUUUGUUAUUGGUCAUGGAAUUCUUCGGCCAGAAUUAAGAGAUGAAAUUUAUUGUCAAAUAGUAAAACAGUUAAAUAAAAAUCCAAGUAAUGUUUCUCAUGCUCGUGGAUGGGUACUCUUAUCUCUUUGUUUGGGGUGUUUCCCUCCGAGUGAACAUUUUGUUAAUUAUUUAAGAGCAUUUAUCCACUCUGGACCACCAGGAUAUGCUCCAUAUUGUGACCAUAGACUCACUAGAACAUAUAAAAAUGGAGCUAGAACUCAACCACCGAGUUGGUUGGAACUUCAAGCUACAAAGAGUAAAAAACCUAUUCAUUUAGAAGUCACAUUUAUGGAUGGUACUUCUAAGAUUAUUGAAGCUGAUUCAGCAAGUACAUCACAAGAAAUUGUUAAGAGACUUGCUGAAAAUAUUUCUUUAAAAGAUACCUUUGGUUUCUCUCUUUUUAUUACUCUGUACGAUAAAGUUUUAUCCAUUGGAGCUGGAAGAAAUCACAUAAUGGAUGCUAUUUGUCAAUGUGAACAAUAUGCAAGAGAACAAGGACAAUCUGAACGUACAGCACCAUGGAGACUAUUUUUAAGGAAAGAAAUAUUUGCUCCAUGGCACGAUCCAACUUUUGAUCAAAGAGCAACUGAUUUAAUUUAUCAUCAGAUAGUGCGAGGAUUAAAGCAUGGAGAAUAUAGAUGUAAUAAUGAAAAUGAUAUAGCAAUGUUGAUAGUUCAGCAGCUUUAUAUCGACAAUAAUACCAAACUAGCACAUGAUAAACUAAAAUCCACCCUACAUUUAUAUAUUCCUAAUCAUUUACUCCAAGGAACUACACAAGAGACUUUCAAAAAGUGGGAAAAAUUGAUUAUUGAAGUUUAUGAACAAAAUAUAAAUAUUAUGGAAUCAGAAUCAAUAAUAAAAGCAAAAGAAAAUGUGGUUCUUUUUGCUAAAAUCACGUGGCCAUUGUUAUUUUCACGAUUUUAUGAAACGGUGAAAAUUGCUGGACCAGAGUUACCUGUCAAUAUCAUAAUUGCAGUAAACUGGACUGGAAUAUACUUUGUAAAUGAUGAAGAACAAGUAUUGAUGGAAAUUUCCUUCCCGGAAAUUGCGGAAAUAAUGGUACAAAAAUUUAAUAAUAGUUUAAAUAAUAAUUUAGUAUUAACAACAAUCCAAAGAGAAGAAUUUAUCUUUCAAAGUAUUGAAGCAGAUGAUUUGGUAUCUCUAGUUAAUUUCUUAAUUGAUGGUUUGAAAGAGAAGUCUCUGUAUGUAGUAGCCACCCAAGAUUAUUUAAGCAAUGUAGAUCCAUUGAAAGAAAAACAAUCUACUCUUUCAUUCAGAAAAGGAGAUAUCAUAAAGCUGAUGGGAUCUUGCACAGGAUAUACAUUGAUGUAUUCAUUAAUUGGAUACGGUGAAUUAAAUGGAAAUAUAGGAGAAUUUCCUUCAGAAUGUGUUUUAAUUCUCCCAACAAUGUCAAAACCAUCUUCAGAAAUAGUAGAAAUCUUGAAAACUGAUUAUAGCACCAAAAAUAUUUCAACAAGACGGAAAAGUCAACAAGUAAAUAAGGAACAAGCAUAUACUUUGAAAAAAUUUGCUCAAGAUAAUUUUCGAUCAAGUUAUAAUGUAACCCUUUCGAAAGGGUCUACUAUUUCUUCAGUAAAAAAAUCAAUUCCUGAGAAUUUAUGGAAACACACACGUGCUCCAAUGAAAGCUCCACUGCUUGCAAAAGUUGGUAAAAAUCAAGAUUUAGCCCAAGUUGGUGUGGAUAUAUUUUCGAAUAUUUUGAGAUAUAUGGGUGAUUUACCGGGUAAUUGUCAAAGAUUAGGAACAGAAUAUACUGAUUUUAUUUUUAAAUCAGCACUAGAGCAUCCUGAUUUAAAAGAUGAAGUUUACUGUCAAAUAAUUCGUCAGUUAACUGAAAAUAAAAUCCGUUUGAGUGAAGAAAGAGGAUGGGAAUUAAUGUGGCUAGCGACUGGAAUUAUGUCUUGUUCAGUGACACUUCAAAAAGAAGUAAUUGCAUUUUUAUCUAUGUCCAAAUCUCCUAUAGCUAUGGAUUGUUUAACAAGAUUCAAUAAUAUUUUAAAAAUUGGUGAUCGAAAACAUCCUCCUUAUAUUUUAGAAGUUGAAGCUAUUAGAUUUAAAAGCAUGCAAAUUUUCCAUAAAAUUUAUUUCCCGAAUGAUACUAAUGAAGCAUUUGAAAUACAUUCUUUAUCACGAGCUUCAGAUCUUUGUGAAGAAAUUACUGAAAGAAUGCAAUUAAAAAGUAAUAAAGGUUUUAGUCUAUUUGUUAGGAUUGCUGAUAAGGUAGUUUCUAUUCCGAAUGAUUUCUUUUUCUUUGAUUUCAUUCAUGAACUUAUUGCAUGGACACAAAAAACAAAUUUAAUAACCAAAUCAACAAACAUUCAAGUUCAAUAUCAAAUAUUAUUCAUGAAAAAAUUAUGGAUAAAUGUUUAUCCAGGCCAUGAUCCAAAUGCUGAUGAAAUAUUUUAUUUCCAUCAAGAAGUACCAAAAUUUCUUCGUGGUUAUCAUAACUGCAACAAACAAACAGCUGCAAAAUUAGCUGCAUUAAUAUAUCGAAGCAAAUUUGGUAAUAAUAAAGAACAGCUUUCAGAAAUACCAAAAAAUAUUCAAGAAUAUGUUCCUGCUGAUCUCAUUCGAGUUUAUUCUAUUAACGAUUGGAAAAAACACAUAACUACUGCGUAUAAAGAAAAUUUAGGAGUUGAUGAGAAUGGUGCAAAAUUAUUAUUUUUACAACAAAUUUAUCAAUGGCCUACAUUUGGAUCUGCAUUCUUUGAAGUAAAACAAUCAACAGAUAUUACUUUACCAGAGUUCCUUAUACUAGCAAUAAAUAAAAAUGGUAUUAGUGCUAUUCAUCCACAAACAAAAGAAAUUAUAUUAACAUGGGGUUUCACAGAAAUUUCAAAUUGGUCUUCUGGAAAUACAUAUUUUCAUAUGACGAUUGGUAACUUUAUAAAAGGUCAAAAAAUUCUUUGUGAAACUGCUCAAGGAUAUAAAAUGGAUGAAUUAAUAUCUUCAUAUAUUUUUUAUUUCAAAAUGAUGCUUGAAGACGAUGAAAUCGAUGAAGAAAUCACUUCAUUAUGAUAGAAAAAAAUUUAAUUAUGUAUUUACCUCGAUU